CACGUCCUUUAAAUACUAGAGGUAAUAUUGCACGAAACCCAACCUUGAGUCAUUCGCAACUCCCGUCAAGAUUGUGCCCCCUCUCCGUGGCCCUGUGCCUUCUAUACUAAGCCAUUACUCUUACUUCAUUGCACUCGUUUGUCCAACCGCUCGACGUGGUACUCUGUACCAAUUCCAUUCGUUCUUCCUCUUCUGUGACCGUGACACUUUCCUCCUCGCAAGGGACGCGUCCCCCCUCCCCCUUUUUUUCCGAACUGGACCCUCACAAGGAACCCUCGCUUUACGUACAACACAGGCACAUGUUGCUGUCAGGUAGGGAUCGCAGGCAGCACUAAACAAGAGGACCCCUUUUUCUGGAACCCCAGAGAAACCACAGGCAGUCGCCGAGACUCCGCAGGACCCACGAGGGAUCACGAUCACGAUCACGCUCCCCAUCCUCGUCCCCGACACCCGAACUUCAUACCAGACACGUUGAUACUUUAUUCUGAGAGUCAUUGUCCCAACCGACUUAUCGAUUUCUUUUUUGGCGUCCUCAUAACUAAAAAGAAAGACACAAGCGGGGCUCAUCGGUCAAAGCGGUCGGAAUACGAGCUUCCCGCGGGUAUCCGGCCCGUUUAUUCAUACUUGUUGUAUAUCGAUCGAUACAUACCGUUACACGUCGAUAAGCCUCCCGUCCCUCGGGACCUACGUAGUCAUCGACACAACUCUACUCUAACCCAUUGUAUGACUUGACCUCGCAACGACAGUCCCGACCGAACAGUACUUCGGGAACCCUACAUCAAUGGAGCGGACCAUUGGGGCCGUCGGGCUACGGUGGGCAGCCUUCUUCGCCCUGCUUGUCUGCCACCAGGUCCAUGCCUUCUAUAUCCCAGGCUGGUCCGUCAAGAGCUACAAGGAAGACGAGGCCAUCCCACUCCUCGUCAACAAGGUCUACUCGGACAAUACGCAGCUUCAGUAUGCCUACUACGAUCUGCCCUUUGUCUGUCCGCCCACGGGCGAGCACAAGUUCGGCGGACUGUUGAGCGGACAGAGCAUCCCGCUCAACCUAGGCGAGGUGUUGCGCGGCGACCGCAUCAAGGUGUCCGACAUGGAGCUCAGGAUGAAGCACGACUCCGAGUGCAACUUUCUCUGCAACCGCGUGAUUACCCGCAAGGAGCUGAAGCGGGCGCGCCAGCUCGUCCGCGAUGGCUACGUGGUCGAGUGGAUUGUCGACAACCUCCCCGGCGCUACCAGCUUCGUGACGGUUGACAAGACACGCAAGUACUAUGCUGCGGGUUUCAAGCUGGGUUAUACGGAUCUCUCGUCCGGUCGUCCCCGCUACUACCUCAACAACCACCACACGAUCGUGAUUCGGUAUCGCAAGGCCCCCGGCAAGGAUGGGGAGAAGGGAGGCAAGGUCGUGGUUGGAUUCGAAGUGUAUACCAAGAGCGUUGGUCCGGAUGUGAAGAAGAAUGUCGACGGGUGCCCGGCGAAUCUCCACGACGUAGAGCAAAACUUUGAACUCUACCUGGCGCCUAACAAGACGGUGGAGUUGAGCCCCGGGUCAUCAUACUAUGUCGAGGACGACGACACUUAUGACGACGAUGCGAAGCUCACCAUUCCGUACAGUUACUCGGUGUACUUUCGCGAGGAUACCUCGAUCGAGUGGCACAGAAGAUGGGACCUCUACUUUGUCAAUCAGGUGGAUGGCCACAAGAUCCACUGGCUGGCCAUCGUCAACUCGCUCAUCAUCUGCGGCGUCUUGACCGGUGUCGUGUUUAUGGUCGUCGCCAAGACCAUUCGAUCCGACAUUCGGGGAUACAAGGCUCGAUCAGCCGACGUUGAAGCCAAGCGCAGGACCAAGGCCACCUCGGCUACCGAGAAAGUACCGGGGCUUUUGGAACAAGAGGUUGGCCCCGACAGUCUUGCCGACGUCGAUUCCGACGACGAAGCCCUCGAGGACAUUACUGGCUGGAAGCUCCUUCACGCCGACGUCUUCCGCACGCCCGCCUACAGCCACCUCCUCGCCCCGCUGGUCGGUUCCGGAAUGCAACUGCUCUUCAUGGCCAUCGGACUCGUGCUUCUGAGCGCCCUAGGUAUCAUCAACCCCAGCUACCGCGGCGGUUUCGUCAGCUUCGGGGUCGGCCUCUUCGUUUUCGCCGGUCUCUUCUCGGGCUACUUCUCGGCGCGCGUGUACAAGACCUUUGGCGGCCAACGCUGGCGCAAGAACAUGGUGGUCACCGCCGUCCUCUUUCCGGGUCUCUUGUUCUCCAUCGUCUUCGUCCUCAACCUGUUCGUAUGGGCCCAGGCCUCCAGCACCGCCAUCCCGUUCGGCACCCUGAUCGCCAUCAUUUUCCUGUGGCUCUGCGUCCAGGUGCCCUUGGUUUACGUUGGCUCCUGGUACGGCUUCGUGCGCAAGCAAGGCGCUUGGGAGCACCCGACCAAGACGAGCGCCAUCCCGCGCCAGAUCCCCGUCCAGGCGUGGUACCUCCGUGGCUUGAGAACGGUGCUGCUGGCGGGCUUGGUCCCGUUUGCCGUCAUUUUCAUUGAGCUGUUGUUUGUGUUUCAGAGCAUGUGGCAGGACAAGAGCGGUUACUAUUAUGUGUUUGGGUUCCUGGCAGUCGUCCUGGCUCUCCUGGUUGUGACGGUCGCCGAGGUGACGGUGGUGAGCAUCUACAUCCAGCUGUGUGCCGAGAACUACCACUGGUGGUGGCAGAGCUUUUUCAUCGGCGGCGGAAGUGCCGUCUGGGUCUUUAUGUACUGCGUCUGGUAUUAUUUCGCUAAGCUGCACAUCACGGGACUGCUGAGCUCAAUGCUGUUUUUUAGUUACAGCUUUAUGGCGUGCUGUGUGUAUGGGCUAUUGACGGGCACGGUGGGGUUCUUGACUGCUUAUGCUUUUGUCAGGAGGAUAUACGGCGCCAUCAAAGUCGAUUAAACCUGUUCAGUUCUAUUACAACUUGUUCCAAUGUGGGACCAAUGGUUUUUGGGGUGUAACUUUUGUAUUUCCGUCGUGUCCUACCGAUCGGUACCACGACAAUAGCGAGCGGCAUUUCACACGGCGGGUUUUGAAUAUUGAUUCUUACUUUUUUCUUUUUCUUGUCUCUUGGAGUAACUGCGGCGCAAUGAAAGGUUCACUGUGGAGGAGUUUGUCACACGUUGCAAUGACAGGUGGGAGCUUGGGAGUGAUGUCAAGGCAAAAGAAAACAAGAAACAAGAAAAACGACAGAAGAGCGAUGAUUAUACCCGCAAAUUCAGUUAGCGCAUUACUGUACGAGACAUUGACAGGCAUUGAAUAUUGUCGAUAGAUGUAAGGUAGCAAAAUGACUUGACUCUCUUGCCAA